CGAACGAACGAACGAAUGAACGAACGAAUGAACGAACGAACGAACGAACGUGGGACGCGCGGAGUAAAAAGGUCAGAGCGUCGACGGACACUCGCGGACAAUAUGGAUUUUAUCUCACCGCCGUGAAAGUGGGUCACGACGGCGACGUACGACGGCGACGGCGACUUGUGCGCACGCUUCGAUUAUCGAUUAAACCAUUCCGCGAGCAGGCGCCGUGAAUCCGUGGUCGCCGUCGUUCCGAGAUCUCAUCGCUCGUUCCUCAGAACGGGUGAGAGAUUUCAAAUCGCUCUCUCUAGCGCGCUAGCAUUCGUGUUAUCAUCACGCGCGCACGGCCGCGACGGGAGAGCGAGCGAGAGAAACCGAUGCGAGAUCGAGCGAUUCACGUCACCGCCGUCGCCGCUGCCGUCGCCGCCAUUGCGACGGGAAAGAUGCGGUGAAGUUUGCCGCGGAAGAGACAAGAGCUGUGUCGGCCAGUUGGGCGGGCGGAGCGCGCGAGUGGUCGGCUCUCGCGGAAAUCGGCCAUCUUGCUUAGUGCACGCUUGGACCUCGUAACGGAUAGUUGUUCGUCUCCGUCAGCCACCCUCUUCGGGCGGUCGUGCGUGUGCUGGCGGUGGUAAGAGCAACGAGGCUCUCUACGUGAUCCGCGAGCGCGGCGGAAUCACAACUGUGGAAAAGAAGGAAGAGAAGAAAAAGAGUGUGAGUGUGUGUGUGCGUGCGUGCGUGUGUCAACGAACGUUGUAACGCGGCUUUACGCGAGUCCGGCGGCAGGAUGGCGGGCAACGCGGGUAUGGAACAGUUGAUCCCGAUCGUGAACAAGCUGCAGGAUGCGUUCACACAACUCGGCGUGCAUAUGCAGCUCGAUUUGCCGCAGAUCGCGGUGGUGGGCGGCCAGAGCGCGGGCAAGAGCUCCGUGCUCGAGAAUUUCGUCGGCAAAGACUUCUUGCCAAGAGGUUCAGGUAUUGUGACAAGGAGACCGCUCAUCUUACAACUGAUUAACAGCCCAACUGAAUUUGCAGAGUUUUUACAUUGCAAAGGUAAAAAGUUUGUGGAUUUUGAAGAGGUACGGAAGGAAAUCGAAGCAGAAACAGACAGGGUGACUGGAAGUAACAAGGGUAUUUCUAAUAUACCAAUUAAUCUCAGAGUAUAUUCACCCAACGUUCUAAAUUUGACAUUAAUCGAUUUGCCUGGACUUACAAAAGUACCAAUCGGAGAUCAGCCAGCAGAUAUAGAAUCCCAAAUUAAGGCCAUGAUCUUUCAGUUUAUUAAACGUGAAAAUUGUCUUAUAUUGGCAGUUACACCAGCCAAUACUGAUUUAGCCAACAGUGAUGCUCUGAAACUUGCUAAAGAAGUAGAUCCACAAGGUGUACGUACAAUUGGUGUUAUUACUAAACUGGAUCUCAUGGAUGAUGGCACCGACGCGAGAGAUAUUUUGGAAAAUAAGUUGUUGCCAUUGAGAAGAGGUUACAUUGGUGUCGUCAAUAGAAGUCAAAAAGAUAUAGAAGGACGGAAGGAUAUCAAAAAUGCUUUAGCUGCUGAGCGAAAGUUUUUCCUCAGCCAUCCAGCUUAUCGUCAUUUAGCAGACAGGUUAGGUACACCAUAUUUACAGAGAGUUCUAAAUCAACAAUUAACAAAUCAUAUCAGGGAUACCUUGCCAGCUUUAAGAGAUAGAUUACAAAAGCAGCAGCUAGCUUUAGAGAAAGAUGUCGAGCAAUACAAACAUUUCAGACCCGAUGAUCCCGCAAUCAAAACAAAGGCUAUGUUACAGAUGAUACAGCAGCUUCAAUCAGAUUUUGAGAGAACUAUAGAAGGUUCAGGUUCAGCACAAAUUAAUACUAAUGAACUCAGUGGCGGCGCGAAGAUCAAUAGACUUUUCCACGAACGUUUCCCAUUCGAAAUUGUUAAAAUGGAAUUUGAUGAAAAAGAAUUAAGGAGAGAAAUCGCUUUUGCCAUUAGAAAUAUACAUGGUAUCAGGGUAGGAUUAUUCACUCCAGAUAUGGCUUUUGAGGCAAUAGUCAAGAAACAAAUAAACAGACUUAAAGAACCAAGUCUCAAAUGUGUAGAUUUAGUUGUGCAAGAACUUAGUAAUGUUGUACGCAUUUGUACAGAUAGGAUGUCACGUUAUCCCAGACUAAGAGAAGAGACGGAACGUAUCAUAACGACACACAUCAGGCAGCGUGAACAAAUGUGUAAAGAGCAGCUAAUUUUGCUAGUGGAUUGUGAACUUGCAUAUAUGAAUACGAAUCAUGAAGAUUUCAUUGGUUUUGCAAAUGCCCAGCAAUCCUCGGAGAACGCCGUUAAAUCUGGACGACAUACAUUAGGCAACCAAGUAAUUCGUAAAGGCUAUAUGUGCAUACAUAAUCUCGGUAUUAUGAAGGGUGGCUCGAGAGAUUAUUGGUUUGUUUUAACAUCAGAGAGUAUCUCCUGGUUCAAGGAUGAAGAAGAACGUGAGAAGAAGUACAUGUUGCCUCUGGAUGGACUGAAAUUGCGUGAUUUAGAACAAGGUUUCAUGUCGCGACGUCAUUUAUUUGCGUUAUUCAAUCCAGAAGGAAGAAAUGUUUAUAAAGAUUACAAGCAACUGGAGUUGAGUUGUGAAACUCAAGAUGAUGUUGACUCCUGGAAGGCGUCAUUCCUAAGGGCUGGUGUAUAUCCUGAAAAAUCAACAGAACAAGCAAAUGGCGAAGGAGAGGGUGGAACAGAAGGUCAAUCAUCGAUGGAUCCUCAAUUAGAGCGUCAGGUGGAAACUAUCAGGAAUUUAGUUGAUUCUUACAUGAAGAUUGUCACAAAAACUACACGUGAUUUAGUUCCAAAGACGAUUAUGCAUCUUAUUAUUAACAACGCUAAAGACUUCAUUAAUGGAGAAUUAUUGGCACAUCUAUAUGCAAGUGGCGAUCAGGCUUCAAUGAUGGAAGAAUCUCCUGAAGAGGCGCAGAAACGAGAAGAGAUGUUACGCAUGUAUCACGCUUGUAAAGAAGCCCUUCGUAUCAUCGGAGAUGUUUCCAUGGCUACAGUUUCAACUCCAGUACCACCACCAGUGAAGAACGAUUGGCUAGUAUCCGGCGACAAUCCAAGAUUAUCGCCACCAUCUCCUGGUGGUCCAAGACGCGGAGUGACACAGCCACCACCUAUUUCUAGCUCACGAGCCCCACCACCGGUACCUGGAAGCGGUCGGCCGGCGCCAGCCAUUCCUAAUAGACCUGGUCCGGGUGGACCACCACCAACUCGAGCAAACCCUGGCCUACCUCCACCUAUGAUACCCUCUCGAGGGGGUGGUCUACAACAGAGGGUGACACAAGCUGCGACACAGGCUGCAGCGCAGGCCGCCGUGAACGAGCUGAUGGAUGCGUUCAAGAUCAAGCGUCCCGUACCCAAUAUUCCCCCCCGAAUUCCUGACAGACCGUACUCUGGCCGACUAAAUUGAGCUAGUCCGACACAGCAACGGAAUAUGAGACAACAGCCUGUGCAACACAAGCUGCACCUGUAACAGAUCCAAGGCAGCAACAAGAGAAAUUUUACCUCAAAUGACGGGCCAUGAAAAAUCAGAGAUCCCGCAAGGUAAAACUGAAGAAUUCUUCAGUUUUGUGAUGAGGACAAGAAGAUCUCUUAAGACGAGCGUUUCGUAUUACUCUGAUCUGAACAGCCUCGACAUUAAGUUGUUGACGUUUGCUGGCAGAGACAGAAGUCACGGGAAGUAGCCAGAACCGCAAGAGAAUUAUUCGUGCAGAGAUAAGGAGGAGCAAGGCUGUGUUAUGCGAAUACUAGAGGAGAAAGAGGGACCAAGAAAUGAAAGACAGAUGUAGAAAAACAAAUUCACAAGUCUGUUUUUCUAUGAUCAAGACAACCCGAAAGAUACCAUCAGUUUUUUCUUCACUUCUUUCUCUGAUGUAUACUUUGUCUUCUACCUUUAUUUAUGUACAGUUAGAUCUACGUUAGAUUACGAUGUAGCUCUAAGUAUUAACGCCGCGCUCGACACGCGCUAGGUGUGUUUUUAAAGAAAUAAUCGCGUUCGAAACAAGAGAUCUUACGACAAGAAGGACUAUCCAUUCAGAUGCGUUUCUAUUCAACGAUUUAAAAAGCCAUUUAAAAUCACGAUUAUCAGUAUUAUAAACAAGUUAGGGCUAUCAAGUAAUCAAGUAGCACGAUAAUGUUGCGAGUUUAUUCAAGAAAUGGAGUUGAAAUAUUACUAUAUAAUUUAGUUCUGAUUAACAGCCGUGAAACUAUCAAAUAGAUGUCUUGAAAACUUUGCUACGUUAAAUAUUUUAUUUCUCUUUUUAUCUUUUUUCCUUUGCGAUAUCUAGAAUAUGCGGUAUGUCUUUCUUAUUGUAAGUUCUGAAAUAUUGUAAAAGUGAUUCUUUCAUAUACGAGACGAGUAUAGGCAACUCAAUUACCUCGAAUGUAAAAAAGUUUAGAGAGACUAAGUUACAUUUCGUAAAGGGGAAACGAAGAUUUUACAAUUGAACACGCUAUCAGCAUUCCAGAGAGAGUUCACUUAUAUAAAAUUAUACAGAAAAAUGAAUUGUGAUCAUCGCAUAUUAUUAUUGUGAUGAAAUUGAUCUGCUUGUGAUCAUUUCAUCAAGGAGAUCAGUACAAUAGUGAUGCUAUAUUUAAGGAUCUUUAAAGAUUCUGCGACAUACAACGAAAUGUAAAAUGUAUAGAAUCAUCGCAUUAAGUAAUGUAAGAGACAAAAUGAAAAAUUGAUAUUUAUUUCAAA